CCCGGAUUUCCACCUGACUGUGAAAGAAAUACUAGUUAGAAGUUACAGAAAUGUUGAGUAGUUUGGGGAGCGGAGGUGGGAAAACUGCCAAACCGUCGUUUGUUUCUUACGUGACGCCCGAGGAAAUCAAGUCGGAGAAGGAACCUUACAAAAAGGAGAACCAACCAGACUUGUUACCAGGAGAGGUGGUGUUUUGUAGUGCCUGCCCAGUGCUUAAAUACAGCCAGGAUGACAUGUCACAGCGAGGCGUCUUCGGAACACUGCUCUGCACGAACUUCCGAGUGUCUUUUGUCAGCGACGAGGUGCAGGUGGAGGAGACGUGUAAGCUCUUCAAGAAUAAACUCUACGGUGAAAACGACAUCCCACUUGCGUGCGUGGAUAACAUCUAUGGGGGUUAUGAAGACAAGAAGAAACUGAUAACAGGAGGGCUGCUGAAGAACAAGUACCCAUCCAAAAUCAUCGUCCACUGCAAAGACCUGCGAGUGUUUCAGUUCUCUCUGACGUACUCUAAAGAGGAAGACGCAAAAAAGAUUUUUCAGGGAAUCGUGCACCACUGCCUGGAACCAAAGUCUCUGAGGUGUGUCUACGCCUUCUCCUACUGCGAAAACACCACCUCUCCAGAGAUGCAGAGGAAAGAGCGGACAAUGUUGUUUGACUGCUUGGAGGACUGGACACAGGACAUGAAGAGAACUAAGGGAAACUGCCGACUGGUCACCGAGAAUAGCAGCUUUGAGCUCUCCCAAAAGUUGCCCCAAUUUUUUAUUGUCCCAUUAAACGUGACUGAUGAGGAUUUGGUCAAAUUCCAGGGGAACGGAUUACCGAUGUGGUGCUGGUCUCAUCACAGUGGCUGUGCCCUGUUUAAAACGGCUUCCCUGCCUCUGUCCCAGGAGGACAACGUCCCCCAGACAUACAUGGAGAAGAUGUUGACAGCGGUGGCCCACAACCACCUGUACUCUGUGAAGACAGAAGAUCUCUCCGACACCUUGCCCACAAUUCAGGACAUCCAGCUGUCUUACAACAAGUUCAAACAGUUCUUCCUCAUUGACAAUACGACAGAGUUCUGGAUGUCCGAUAUGAAGUGGUUCUCCUCACUGGAAAACUGUGGAUGGCUGGACAUGAUCCGACAGUGUCUCCUGAAGGCUGUGGAAGUUGUAGAGUGUCUGGAGAAGGAAAACACCAAUGUUCUCAUCAUGGAGGAGAGCGGGUCAGACCUGUGUUGUGUCAUAUCCAGCCUGGUCCAGUUGAUGUUGGACCCACACUACAGAACCCUGCUGGGCUUCCAGAGCCUAGUACAGAAGGAGUGGGUGGCAGGAGGACACGCGUUCCUCGACCGCUCCAACCAGCUGCACCUCAAGGAGAAGGUGGAGAGCCAGUCCCCUGUGUUUCUUCUCUUCCUGGAGUGUGUGUGGCAGCUUCACCAGCAGCACGGCCCGGCGUUCCAGUUCUCGGAGACGUACCUGACUGUUCUGUCUGACAGCGUCCACGUUCCGGUCUUUGCCACCUUCCUCUUCAACAACGAUAGCCACAGGGCUAAUGUUCUCAGGGCGGAGUCACCCAGCUCACAGAGAGGCCCGUUGAACUGCCCCAGCGUGUGGGACUGGUCAGUACAGUUUGACUGCAGGGCUCAGGAUCUCUUCACUAACCCUUUGUAUGCCCAGAAGACCAAACAGGAUCGGUCUCAGCGGAAAUCACACAGGCCUAAGCAUCAGCGUCAGCUGUCCCUCCCCAGCUCGGCCUUCAAGACCCCCACUAAGAAGGGCUUCUUCAAGGACGAGGCGGACAGCCUGAAGAAGAUCCUGGGGGUGAAGCGUAUCAGCCGCUGGAUGCUGUCUCCCUCCUCCGACUUCCCACCGAUGUCCUCCAUCAAGGAGUUCUACGAGACCUGGCAGGCCAAACCCCUGGACUACCACGGCAUGUUGCUGCCGUGCCUGGACGGGCCUUCCAUUCGAGUCUGGAUGCAGAGGUAUCUGCGUUGGAUCCAUGAUGUCCAGAUCCUGGGAGGGGGUCCGGUGGCUGUGCUCAGCAAAGUAUCGGAACUGCUGGCGGAGGUCCAGGAGCUGCGGAGUGAGCUGGAUAGGCAUGCCCGCACUGUGACAUCCAACCACCGGGGGGCGAUUAGGACAAGGGCCAAGACUGCACCGGAGAACUUGGCCAGGUCUUCCGUGAGGCUGUCGUCAUCCUUCCCUUUCGUGACGUCGAGGAACUGGUCGUUCAAGCCGGCGAUACCGACCAGCAUGUUGCAGAGCCUCAUGAUGAGUGAGGUGGCCGGAGACCUGGCCAGCAGGGAGGAUGAUGGCAGUGAACCAGAGACUGUGGUCUGAGGGGAACCGGGGGUGUUUCUGCAUGGGUGUGCAUGUCAGUUUGUUCCAGGUCUCAUGUGGUCCACUGUACACUGCCGUCUGAGGUGUUUGAACUGGGGAGUUGUGGAGUGCCAAUGUAGCACUGAUGACCAUCAGCACCCUGCCGAACAAGAAAACAGGCAAAAACUAUCUUCCCUACUGUUCUCUUUAGAACAACUGCGAUUUAAUAUUUCCUGUCGCAAAGACAAAACACAAACUGUACCGGUAGAAUUCUAAACUCGUCUGUGCAGGAAAUGCAAUUCAACGUUUAAGUGAUGCAAACUGGUCCUGUUAGUGUCUUCAGGUUAAAGCUGUGAGAUAAUCCAGGUCAAUAGGCUUCAGCCAAGCUUUUUUGAAGUUAUAGCUUUGGCAAGUCGCUUUACAUUAGUGUUAAGGCUUAUUAUGGAGGACACAAAAGAGCCCACUGUGUUGACUAAUAGCUAUUAUCAUUAACAGAUACUUCCCUUAGUGGACCACAGGGACACACUUUUUUCACACUGUGCAAUUCAGUAAAUAGUCUGCCUUUUAAGGAAAAGAUGAGUGGAACACCUGAGGUUGUUUAAUGGGUUAGUAGCCAACCUCUCUCAUGCUGCUUUGCAGUCAUGAACCAUCUACGAAGCAAAGUGAAAUGGAACCAAAAUAUAUGUUAAUGAGAAGCCUUGAGUUCGUCUUGUGUGUUUUUAUACUGCAGAAAGGGAGCUUCUUUUUUUACCUUUCACUUUCUAUGCUUUUUUUUUUAUUCUAAACUCUGGACGGGAAUUUAAAGCCAAUAUCCUGGACUUCAGGUAUGACCCCGGAGACCAACAGGUCUUUCCAGAGACCUAACAUGUCAGGUUACCGUCCAUUUGUUUAAUCCAUUUAGGCUGCCAGUCUCUCAUUCACAUACCAUUAAUUCACUUACAACCCUGUUGAACAUAUUGAAUCAUUUACUACUUAUUAUUCUCCUGCCAUAUUAUAUGAGUUGUGUAGAUAGUGUUAAAUCUUUGUUGAUACAUUCCCCGUAUUUACUUUUUUUCAUUAUGUAGAAUGUUACUGUGUGAAUACAUAAAUUAAAAACAGGCUCUUUGUAUGAUCCUGUAUUUGAAGACUGGAUUGCUUAAGCUAGUUAGGAUAGCUAGGAUUUCCUCGUCAGGAAAGUGUUUGGUUAUUAUUGUAAUGUGGAGCCCUCUGAUGGUGACAUGAAGUAGUUGUGCUUUCAUUUGUCAGGAGGAAGCCGUUAGACAAGCCCACACAGACGAAGGAAUAACGUUGUGGGAAUGUUGGGAAGUCCUACUAUUUACAUCAACCCAAUUAAGUUGAAGUGUAAAACAGUUAAGGUUAUGGUAGGAUUACAUAACGUAGUCUGCUUUCAAAGACGUGCCUGAUGCUUGAUCCCCAAACUGCUGGUUUUGAUGACAUGUACAUGUAUUUUCCAAACUUAGUAGAGAUCUUCUGCACGGUUUAAGCAGUUAAUUAGAAAUGGAGGGGUUAAGAUAGAUUUUCACCUUAUUAACCUCAAAGGUUGUCUCUCUUCAUUUCCCCUAAGAGAACAUGGGAUGGUGGGUUGGUGUUAGGUGUAUGGUUGAAUUUAUUUGCAGAAUAUGGAUCUCCAAAGGAUCACACUUAGCAUCUAGCCACUGAGCUUGAGUGAAAUCAGCCCAGGAAAACAAGUUGCUGCGAACUGCGUGAAGUGACCGUUUAUGUUCAUGGCAAACUUCUGUUAAUUAAUUUUUUUGGGGAAAUUAUAAUUUAAUCCAAAUUUGAUUAUUGGUCCCUGGUUUAACAGUUUUGUUUCAACCCAAUUGAUGGUGUUUAAAUUAUUUUGAAGCUGAUAUCCAAAAAUGUAUUUAAAUGUCCAUAUUGAAUGCAUGUAUUUUGCCAUCGAAUACAUUUAAUGUGUGUAACAUAUUGCAUGGAAGCGGUUGGACAUGACCUGCGCACACAGUUCAUUUACACAUAGUUAUGAAGCUAUUAAGACAGGACAUAUUAUCUUACAGAUAAUAGAACUGAACUGCUACCUACUUGAAUUCAUUUGCCUUAAAAAUCAGAGAACACUGAAUACUGAAAACAAAAUGCAACUGAUCGUAUUUGCUACUAAUUGUCACUUUGUAUUUUCUUAACGUAUUUUUCUUGUUUUUCCUUGUUGCACUAUUGAUGUCAGAAACCGAAGUUGUCACACCUAAUGGGACACUGUAAUCCAGACAUACACUUUAAAAAUAUGUCCUUUAUCAGGUGACCCGUGUAUCUUAUCUAUACACUGAUAAACCCAAUCAUAAUUUGGUUAUACUGUUGUUGAUUUUGUAAUUAAAGAUUGCUUUAUGAAUUGAACAAUG